AUGUCUGCGAUGAACGUCGACGACGCUCAGCUGGCCUAUGUCCACCAACGAGACACGCAAGCCAUCCACAAAUCGCAAACGAUCCUCACCGACUUGCAGGAAUUGAACAAGUCGGAAUGGGUCGUGCGGUAUCCCCAGCUCAAAAGAGAGAAGAGGCAGAAACCGCGCCGCUCGAUGACCUUUGCGGACGAUCCCAGCAAGGAGACUGAGGUUAUUGUCGGCAGGCAGGGACUCUCGAGGUCUCUUACCCUCGCCUCUAUCGUCGACGCUCCCAAGUCACUAGGAGAUUCACAAUCUUCGCCCAUAGAGGUCGCAGCAUCACAGUCGCUCGCUUCGUUGGACACCGUCGUUGAAGGACAGGGCGUAGAUGGAGAUGCGGAGGAGGGUACUAUGAGUGGAACUAUGGUGGAGACAGACCCGCUCCUCAUCCCGCCUACUGAAUCAGAUUUCCACGUCCUUCGGUUGGACCUGAAACUCAACCAUUCAUCCCACUUCACUUCUUCUCGCUCGGCUCCCUCCUGCACGACAGCCGCCUCCGCUGAUUCCACCUCUCCCUCAGGUCAGUCAACCACUACGACAAGUCCCGCCUCCCUCGUCUCCCAUCUCGAAAAAUCCUCCAUCGCCUCUCUCCUCGGCUCGCGCAUCUCCGCCGCCAGCGCCCACCUCACCAACCUUGAACAACGCGUUAAAAGCCCCCUAUCCAAGGUCUUGGUGACGGGCGAUCUGAAUGCAGGGAAGAGCACAGUGGUUAACCGCUUGCUUGGGAGGGAGAUCGUUCCGGUGGAUCAGCAGCCAUGUACAGCGGCGUUUUGCGAGGUGAAGGAUGCGAAGGAGAAUGCAGGUGUAGAAGAGGUGCAUGUUUGUAAGGAGGGCAAGACAUAUGAUGUAAAGGAUGAGGAAACGUAUACGAGGCACACGCUGGAGGAGUUGGAUACGCUUGCAACUGAGGGUACGGACGCGACGAUGAUCAAGGUGUAUAUCAACGAUGGUGCUGCUCCCUCCAACGGCUCUUCGCAAGACUCAGACUCGCAAAACUCGCAGUCGCGCUCCCACUCCCUCCUCUCCAACCCCGUAACCUCUCUCGCCCUCAUCGACGCCCCAGGUCUCAACCGUGACUCCCUCAAAACCACUGCCCUCUUCGCUUCACACACCGAGAUCGACGUUAUCCUAUUCGUCGUGUCAGCCGAAAAUCACUUCACACUCUCGGCGAAAGAGUUCUUAUGGACGGCGGGGAGGGAGAAGAGGUAUGUGUUCGUGGUGGUUAAUAAGUUUGGAGGGAUAAGGGACAAGGAGAGGUGUAGGGGUGUUGUGGGUGGACAGGUGAAGGGAUUGUCGCCUGGGACGUGGGAGGGCAGAGGAAUGCUCGUGCAUUUCGUAGAGGCAGGAACCAAGGGUAUGGUCAAUGUAAAAGGAAAGGGCGGAAAGGGAGAGGAGUGGGACGCGGACGAGGCGUUCGAGAGUAUGGAAGCCAAGCUACGCAAAUUCGUGCUCGAGAAGAGGGUGACCAGUAAACUCCUUCCCGCGAAGACGUACUUGGAGGGACUUUUGGGCGACGUCGAGUUGCUGCUCGAGGCGAAUCGCAUCGAGGCAGAGGGCGAGCAGUCCAGGGUCCUUAGUCUCCUUAAAGGCUCUGGUAAUGAUGGGGCUGUCGGGAAAGAAGCGGAGGUGAAGAAGAUGCAGGAGGAUGAGGGCGGCAUGGAGGAUGAACUGGAGGAUGUUGAAGAAUGUGGAGUUCGACGUGUCGAGGGGCGCGUUGGGGAUGUCCUCGAGCAGGCCCUCGAGAUGGUCGAACAAGGGAAGUUGCCAGGUCGUCUCGCUAUCGGUAACACCGCUACCAAAGCCAUCACCCCCAACGCCCAUGCCAACAGCAAUGCAUUGACACUAUCGCUGCCCGAGUACCCUGGUGUAUGGUCUGUAUUGCAAUACGCCCGGGAUGUCAGAAGGGUGAUGCUUGAAGCGCUUGACCAGGCGGUCCGGGACGUGGAAGACGAGGCGAGGGGUGUUGUGGAAGAGGGCGUGGACAGGGUUGGACAAGUAGGAAAGAAGGUAUUGCCCGAAGAGGUAGAGAGGGAGAGGAGAAGGAGGGUGUUCAGGAAGGAGGCAAUGUUCGCCAGGGAGAAGACCACCGCUGUCAAGAAACAUCAUAAAGCGGUGCACGGAGGAGGAAGUAAGGCGGUGUAUAGAUAUGGAGCGGGUAAUGGCGUUGUUGGCGGGCUGGGCCUCUCACUGGCGAGUCGGGAGGAGCUCCUUGAGGUAGGCCUCGAGGACCUUUUCGAUUAUAGGGAGUGGUUCGGCGGCUGUUUCGCGCAUCACUCUUCGCACAAGAACAAGAGCCAGAAGAAUGGGAAGGUUGCGGAAGAGGAAGAUGCAGCCGCCAUGACAGCACUGUCUAUCCUCGGCGUCUCGCUGGGCACACUCCCGCUCGUAUCCUCUCAUCUUGGCUCUCUCUCCCUCUCUGGCCUCGGUGUCUCACUCGGUGCUGGAGGACUAGGGUUAGGUGGAUUGAUGGGCAUCCGCUCCCUCUUCGAAGCCUCCGUGAAGGUCGUCGACAUGAUACGGGACGAGGAGGUGAGGAAGUGGAUCGCUCCCGUCGUGGGUGCCGUCGUCUUGGGGAGUGUUGGAUGGGUUGUAGUCGAGCUCCCAAGGAGCGUGCCGAGGAGCGUCGGCAGGCGCGUUGGGAGGGAAGUGCGGAGGGAUGCCGGUGCGGCGGGCUAUCUAGCGAGAGUAGGGAGCGGGAGCGCCAAGGGCAAGGGCGGAGAGGUCAUCGUUAAAGAGAAGGAUGAUGAGGGCGAGGACGUGUGGAUUAAAGCGCACACCUACCGCAUUACGCGCGAGACACGCAAGGUUCUCCGCUUGGCCGCGUGGGACGUGCGGGAGAAAUGGCGCGGCGUGUAUGACGAGCGGGUGAAGGAGGUGAGGGGAAUGGAGGAGGUUGUGAAGAAGUGCGAGAAGGCGGUGGGGCGGAUGGCGGUUAUUUUGGGGCGGUGUGGAGAGGUUAGGCAGGGGAUUGUCGGUGUUGGCGAGAUGGCGGAGGUGGGCGCGGAGGAGGUUGAGUAG